ACAGGGAGCUCCUUUGCUCUUAUGGCUCUUGUCCACGCCUUGAAUUCGCGGUUCCUGGCGCCCAAUCGAAGAAUCGAGCGCCACCCAUUUGCAUUCGCGCCUAGAAUCCUUGGAAAUUCGCCUCGCCGGGCGAACAAGGAUCGCGUCGCAUGCCCUCGAUCUUCCGCAGAGGAGACGAAGCCCAAGACAGUGUUCGUCGCCGGCGCGAAUGGCAAAACCGGGAAGCGCAUCGUGAGCAAGCUGCUAGCGGAUGGAUUCAAGGUCCGCGCCGGUGUCCUGGAUGUUGCCAAGGCUCGGUCCAAUCUACCCAGCAGCCCCAACAUCGAAAUUAUCCCGGCUGACGUGACCCAAGGGACAAAUCCACUGGCAACUUCGAUUGGAGACGCGGAUGCGGUGAUUUGCGCUACUGGAUUUCGCUACUCUCUCGAUGUCCUGGCUCCCUGGAAGGUGGACUAUCGAGGAACCCUAAACCUCGUGGAAGCGUGCCGCAAGAAUGGGAUCAAGAGAUUCGUGCUCAUAAGCUCCAUUCUCGUGAAUGGCGCCGCGUGGGGGCAGGCGCUCAAUCCAGCCUAUCUGGUGCUCAAUGCGUUUGGUCUCACGCUCAUCGCCAAGCUCCAGGCCGAGAACUAUGUGAGAAGCUCUGGGAUCAACUACACGAUCAUCCGGCCUGGGGGCCUCUCGGAGGAGAAACCGGAUGGAAACAAGAAGAUCGUCAUGGCAAAGCAGGAUACGCUCUCGUCCGGAUCGAUUUCGCGAGAUCUUGUCGCUGACGUUGCUGUGGAGUCGAUCGAUUGCGACGAUGCGAGCUUCAAAGUAGUGGAAAUCGUGGCGGAGCCUGGCGCCCAAAAACAGAGCAUCGCAGAGCUCUUUGCCCUAAUUUCAUAAUCCUGGUGGGCCGGCCGAAGAAAUCUAGGGCGCGGCAUCUUGAUAUUGUCUCUAA